AUGAGCAAAGGCGAGUCGCUGCGCAUCUUAUACUCUGCAGCAGAAAUUGUGGACUACAGAGCCACGGGAGCAGCACAGGGGAGGCAGCAAAGGGGUUUGGGGUUUAUAAAGGGGGGCCCCCUGUCCCGGGGGGCCCCCCAAACCAGGGGCCCCCUAGUACCCAGGGGGGCCCCCCUGGCCAUAGAGGAAGGAGAUGCUGCUGCUGCGCUGCAGGAGUACCUGCAGGUGGAGGCCCCCCAGUCUUCUUCCAUUCAGGACCUGCAGCGGCUGGCGCGGCUGGCCAACACUAUGACUCUGGGAACUUCUGCUGCUGAGCUGCUGCGGCAAAACCGCCUGGGAGCAGCAUCAAGAGCAGCACUGGAGGAGGACACUGCUGCUGCUUCUGCUGCAGCAGCAGCAGCGCCAGCCACGGGGGCCCCCCCCUUCGGCAAAAAAAACAUUUUAGGAAAUGCCCCAGGGGGCCUCCCCCCUUAUUUGCCAGAAGAUGUAAACGCAUGCAGUUUAAUGCCCCCAUGGGCCCUCACAUUAGCGGACAGGGGCUCCCAUGAGGGGCCCCCUGGGGGCCCCCAGGGGGGCCCCCCGGGGGGCCCCCCUGGGGGGCCCCCUGGGGGCCCCCUGGAGUCCCAGGGGGCUCGCGGGGGGCCCCUACGGGACCAUUAG